AUGUACUCGAAGGAGCCCGAGUCCGACUAUCUUGAUGCCGCUCUCAUUACAGUUAUGCAGAUUCACCUGACAGAGCCCUCGGGUGAUAUUCUGCUCUUCUUGACGGGUCAAGAGGAAAUUGAUACUGCCUGCGAGAUUCUAUACGAACGGAUGAAGGCUCUAGGGUCAACAGUACCGGAGUUGGUCAUUCUACCCGUCUACUCUGCUCUUCCGAGUGAAAUGCAGAGUAGAAUUUUUGAGCCUGCCCCGCCAGGAGGUAGAAAGGUUGUCAUCGCUACGAACAUUGCUGAGACAUCUAUCACUAUCGACAACAUCUACUACGUCAUCGAUCCUGGUUUCGUCAAACAGAACGCCUACGAUCCCAAACUGGGUAUGGACUCUUUAGUAGUCACGCCCAUCUCGCAAGCGCAGGCCAAGCAACGUGCUGGUCGUGCAGGCAGAACUGGUCCCGGAAAAUGUUUCCGGUUGUACACUGAAGCCGCGUACCAGUCGGAAAUGUUGCCAACCACGAUUCCCGAAAUUCAACGCCAGAACCUUUCGCAUACUAUUCUCAUGCUCAAGGCGAUGGGCAUCAACGAUUUGCUGCACUUCGACUUCAUGGACCCUCCGCCAACGAACACUAUGCUUACUGCUCUGGAGGAGCUGUAUGCACUGUCGGCUCUAGAUGACGAGGGUCUCUUGACUCGCUUGGGUAGAAAGAUGGCAGACUUCCCCAUGGAGCCGGCCCUCGCCAAGGUUCUCAUCGCAUCGGUCGACAUGGGAUGCUCAGAGGAAAUGCUGAGCAUUGUGGCCAUGCUUUCCAUUCAGUCGGUCUUUUAUCGUCCCAAGGAGAAGCAGCAGCAGGCAGAUCAAAAGAAGGCCAAGUUCCACGAUCCCCACGGUGACCACUUGACUCUUCUCAACGUCUACAAUGGAUGGAAACACUCCAACUUCAACAAUGCCUGGUGCUUCGAGAACUUCAUCCAGGCCCGUCAGAUCCGCCGUGCGCAGGACGUCCGUCAGCAGCUGCUUGGCAUUAUGGAUCGCUACCACCACAAGAUCGUCUCCUGCGGAAGGAACACCCUCAAAGUACGCCAGGCACUUUGUACGGGAUUCUUCCGUAAUGCAGCUCGCAAGGACCCGCAGGAAGGAUACAAGACUCUUGUCGAAGGCACGCCGGUCUACAUGCAUCCCAGUUCCGCACUGUUUGGCAAACCAUCCGAGCAUGUCAUCUACCACACACUGGUUCUUACAACGAAGGAGUACAUGCACUGCACAACCUCCAUCGAGCCCAAGUGGCUCGUUGAGGCCGCCCCGACUUUCUUCAAGGUCGCACCCACCGAUCGUCUGUCGAAGCAGUUGGGGGCUUGA